AUGGCACAGCUACGUGUAGAGAAGAGCCCAGUAUCGAGGAUAGAGAUAAUAACAGUCUCGGCACUUUUUAUACAAAGAUCACCUGUCGUUGCAGUUUAUGCGAAGAUUGAACGAGAGGAAAUGGUUCCAGAAUGGAUCGUUGUCACUGAUCGGCUGCAAACCGACGAAACGUCGCACAUACUCAUUCUGCUCGACCAGCGAGUCGCUGCUGACCACGGCGCCCAUCCAGAAGAAAAAGACCUGAAAUGA